CUGUGGCAUCGCUUGGGAAGCAUUUGCUUUCGAUAAUUUAUUAGUUCAACCGCUACCGUUUUCCUGUAACUUAAGUCUGAACCCACCUUUCCGCGCGGCUCGAAACGGAGCAGAACUGUUCCGUUGCGUAUUGUUCCACGAGCUUCCCUCGCUGUGCUUUCUGGGGUGCAUAAUCGCCUGUGUGGUGUGUGAAUUCCGAGCCCUUUUCCGCAAAAGCCGCCGAUUAAUGCCACGGAGCGUGAGUAAACGUGUACAGCGCGCAGUAAACAUAGCUAACGGUAGCUUAACAAACGGAAUCCCCCGUCUGGAACGCCUCCACUGAAAGAAACGGAGCCAGCGGUGUUUAAGGACGUCUUCGACGAAGAACAAGAAAACCGCUACGCGCUUGCUGUCACUUCUUUCGCACGCACGCACACACACAGAACCUUCGCCAGCCCGCACGUAAACGCGCGUAUCUGUCGGGUGGCGAUCGAAGUGUGUUUUUGAAGUCAACAGACAACACGCUGCACGGCGGAACGAACCGGAGCAAUGCCGGAUUACAGUGAUCUCGACCGACAGAUCGAGCAGCUGAAACGAUGCGAAAUCAUCAAGGAGCACGAGGUUAAGGCGUUGUGUGCGAAGGCUCGCGAAAUUCUCGUCGAAGAGGGCAACGUGCAGCGCGUGGAUUCGCCGGUCACGGUGUGCGGAGAUAUCCACGGACAGUUUUAUGAUCUGAAAGAGCUGUUCAAAGUCGGAGGCGACGUACCGGAGACGAACUACCUGUUUAUGGGCGACUUCGUCGACCGGGGUUACUACAGUGUGGAAACAUUCCUGUUGCUGCUCGCACUCAAGGUGCGCUACCCGGACCGCAUCACGCUGAUUCGCGGCAACCAUGAGUCACGCCAAAUCACACAGGUUUACGGGUUCUAUGACGAGUGCAUACGCAAGUACGGUUCGGUGACGGUGUGGCGAUACUGCACCGAAAUCUUCGACUACCUGUCGCUAUCCGCGAUUAUCGACGGUAAAAUAUUCUGCGUUCACGGUGGUCUGUCGCCCUCGAUACAGUAUUUGGAUCAGAUCCGUUCGAUCGACCGGAAGCAAGAGGUGCCACACGACGGUCCAAUGUGCGACCUAUUGUGGAGCGACCCGGAAGACACGCACGGUUGGGGCGUAUCGCCUCGGGGAGCCGGAUAUCUGUUCGGUUCGGACGUAGUGUCACAGUUUAAUGCCGCCAACGAUAUCGAUAUGAUCUGCCGGGCGCAUCAGCUUGUGAUGGAAGGGUACAAGUGGCACUUUAAUGAAACCGUGCUUACCGUUUGGUCGGCACCCAACUACUGCUACCGGUGUGGCAAUGUGGCAGCGAUCUUAGAACUGAACGAAAACCUGCAACGCGACUUUACGAUCUUCGAGGCAGCCCCACAAGAGAGUCGUAUUAUACCGUCAAAAAAACCGCCAGCAGACUAUUUUCUAUAAGCCCUUCCGCUUUGCUCUGACUAGACUCAUUAUCAUCCUUCCCUUUUCGCUACGCUGCAACUAUCGAUAAACGGUGGGACUUGAUCAAAGGCCCAAGACCCAAGUUUGGUUGAUUGUAAAGACAAACGGCAGAACUGUACGAUUGAAUUUAGUAUUUUCUAUAUAACUUGGACCCGUGCUAUUUUAAAAUUGUGUUUUAUUUCUAUUCGCAUGAUGCAUGCAAACUGAACACAGAAAAGAGAAAGAUUGCCUUUUCCUGUAGCGCGAAACUGCCGUGCGUUGAGAAGCGACGCUGCAGCUCAAUGGUUUGCUUGAGAAAAUAUUGAAAUGUAUGUAAAAUUCCCAAACACUGCUGUAGAGAUGUAGACAUGUUUUCCUAUGAGUGAACAAACAACAAAACAGAAAAGCCUGAUUUGUAAACAAUAAUAAACUAAGUGAGGCAGAAAUCCGGUUCGUUCAUCAUUCGUCAUUGCAUGAAACUUUUGUUGCUACAGCGAUGGGAGCACUUCGAUGGAUGUGGAUGCAGAUACCGAUCGGUUAGGAGCAAAAUAUCGGCAUGCGGCAUGAAACAUAAGAAACAAUCCAAAAGUUUGCAAUUGUAAAACUAUUGACACCAUAACCUCUUUAUAGAACAGCGCCAAGCCAGGUACUGUGUAUACUUGAACAAUGAUCGGUUAACAAUUAGAAUAGGUUUCAACAACAUACAGUAAUCCGACACGGGCCCACUGCAUACGAAAACGGGACGCUUGAAUCCCCCUAAAGAACGAGACAUUUCGUAUGAUGUUCGUAGAUAAUCUCGACCACAGAAAUCGGCUGGUGAUAAUAAAUCAUACAUAAGGCCAGAUGGAAGUACGACGCUGGAUUUGAUAUUUCGCAGCAUUUUUCAACAGCAAGGGAAUAACAAUUCUCUACGCAACUAUAUAUUCAUUAGAAAAUAAAAACAAAGUAA